AUGGCGGCGAUACUACCGACAGCGUACCCGGAUGCGAGGCAACAGGCCCAGAAUGGGGCGGCGGUGGACAACAUCGACCACUCUCUCGAUGGAGAGUCAAGGUUCGGCGAGAUCGUUGCCAUCCUCAUCGUUGGCUCCGUACUAUCAUCAGUUGCGGUCGGACUCAGGGCGUUCACGAGACUGUGCAUGCUUCGGACGUUUGGUAUGGAUGACAUAGUCAUGAUAGCGGCACAGGCACUUGCACUUGGUUCUGCAGUAGCUAUUGGACUGGAGGGACAGUACGGCCUUGGAUCUCACUCAUGGGUGCCACCUCCCGAGGACUACGUCCCAUACAUGAAGUCCUUUUACAGCUCCGUCGUUGUGUACAACAUCGCCAUCUGCCUCGUCAAGAUUUCGAUUCUCUUCCAAUACCGCAGAAUCUUUGCCAACGAGAUCAUGCAAAAGUUAACCAUGGGAGGGCUGAUUUUCAUGGGGCUCUGGACCUUCACGCUCUCCAUCCUUCUGCCACUGGUGUGCUACCCAGUCGCCAAGUUCUGGGACGAUAGCAUAGACGGCAAAUGCCUGGACUACUUGACGAUAUGGUACGCGAUGGCAGGCGUCAACCUGGUGUCCGACUUCGUCAUCUUCAGCAUGCCCAUUCCCGUUAUCAAGUCGCUCCAACUCCCACGCCGGCAGAAGCGCAUGCUGCUCCUGGUGUUCGGCCUCGGAUUCUUUACUUGCAUCAUCUCCGCCCUUCGGAUCCGAACCCUCCGCGUCGCAGCCGAUACCAAGGACCCGUACUGGGACAACGUGGAUGCAGCCACAUGGUCGUUCCUGGAAGUCACUAUUGGAAUUUUAGCAGCAUGCUUGCCGACUCUCCGACCGAUUUUCGUCUCCCUUCUGCCUCGAAUCUUCAAUGGGUCCUCUUUCCACGGCAAGAGCAGCGGCAGACCAUCGAGAUACGCGAACCCCUAUGUGCAAGCGAGCCACAAUGACAGAGCCACCGGUCCGCUGUACAAGAGCCAGCAGCCGCCAUCAUCAAGCAGCACGGAAGGCCUGAACCACAAUGAGGACAUCGAAAUGGGCGCACGCGAGGCCGAGUCAUCUAAAGACUACACGGUCACCGUGACUGCUAGCAGAUCGAAGAGCCCCGAGAACAAGCUCCACCGGCUGAAGAGCCAAAGAGACUCUGCUGAAAGACAGGCUAUCGGGCAGAUCAUGACAACAACAGUUGUGACACAGGAGGUGACGUUUGAGCGACCGACCAAGUCUUGA